UGGCGGGAAUUUUCUCUGAAUAGGCCUUUUGUUUGAGGUUAAUUCGAAAAGUUCAGAAAAAUUCGGAAUCAUGCGCACGAAAUCACUUGCCUGUCAUGCAAAGUGUAAUGAAUCGUCUUCAAGACGUCUCACUUUAUUGUGUUUUGUAGAAAAAAAUCAGUACAAUUAGUUGUUAAAUCAUAUUUAGCAGGGUCAAACUCAGUAUGUCUGUCUUGACGGAGAUGGAGAGCCUGAAGGAACAGCUCAAGGUUGCAAGGAAGGAAAUCAAGAAUCUGAGGAAGCAAAUAACAACUCUGAAUUAUACACAGAAGAAGGAGAUUGAGUCUGUGCGGCAAGUCUUGAGUGAUUUCAAGUGUCAGAAUUGCAGAAAUCUGGCUGAAAAUGCCCAGAACAAUGCCAUCCAGGAGGAUCUGGAGACUACAACGUCGCAAGACAUCAAAUUCUCCCCCAUAGGCACCAUAAAGACACCGUUUCCCGAGAAGAGAGGAGUUCCCAGGCAAGCAAGCAUCUCCACACAGAUUGAGGGCGUUAUUGAUCUCACCUUUGACACAUUCAACAAUCCUGAACACUCUCUUGAGGGUCUGGAGGACUUCUCGCACAUCUGGGUGAUUUAUUAUUUCCACAAGAACCCUUGCCAUGCCAAGGCCAAGGUGGCUCCGCCGCGACUGGAGGGGAAUCGCAUUGGUGUCUUCAGCUCGCGGUCGCCUCAUCGUCCCUGUCCGCUGGGACUAUCGCUGGUGGAGGUGACCAAGAUCGAGGGCUCCAGGAUAUUCUUCAGGGGCAUCGACAUGGUGGACGGAAGUCCGGUGUUUGAUAUUAAGCCAUACGUUCCUCAAUAUGACACGCCAUCCAAAGAGAUUUCACAUCCUGAGUACUUUGACCUGGAGUUUAUAAAUGCCAGAGAGGCACCUGAUGGUCAGGAGACCACGUGUGACAGUCUGGCGUCCACAUCACAAGCCGUUAGCAACAAACCGAUGGUCAGAGUUCCGAAUUGGGUUUCCAAUGCAAACACUCUAUCUGUGUCGUUCAGCGAUAAGGCCAUCGAGCAGAUGACGGAGUUGAAUGUAAAGUCGGAGUCUGUGAGGCAACUGAUAGCCUCAGAUCCGCGGUCGGCUUACCUGAGGACGAAGCACAAGUCCCAAAUCUUCUCCUUUCAAUUCUCCGAGGCCACCAUAACGGCCAAGUUCGACGAUGCUCACAAUUCCGUGACGGUAGUUCAAGUGAGAAAGACCCAAUCCACGCUAUAAUUAAAUGCCAAUAAAUCUGCAUUUC